UCUUUUAUCACACAGAGCAAAGGUUCUUUAUGUAGCUCAGUUCCUUGAAGAACUAUUUCAACACUCUUAAGUUCCAGAGUCUCUGCUGCCUGUUACGUGACCGGCUUCAGGGUUGUUAAAUGAUCAUGAUGGUGAAAGAGGUGCUCGUGCUGUGGACGGCGACUCUACUGGCAGCUUCAGCUCAAAGCCUGGUCAAUGACAGUAAUAAGACACUGGCAAACAUUCCCCUUACCUACAAUGUAAAUAUAACCCAUUUAAUCCUGCGCCACAACCUUAUUGUGAUGAACGACUCGGACAUACAGGCUUUGAGGAACUACUCCAAUCUGAUAGAGCUGGACCUCUCAUACAACCUCAUAACGCAGCUGCCUGAUGGAGCCUUUUCUGCUCUCGGCAGUCUGGAAACGCUCCAUUUAACCGGGAAUAACCUGCAAACCAUAAGGAAUGAGACUUUCACAGGUUUGAAGAAACUCAAGACACUGGAUCUGAGCUUGAAUCCGUGGAACUGCAGGCAGGAGUUACUGACGCUAGUGAAGUGGAUGAAUGAAACGGGACUACACACAGGACCGAACGUCACAUGCGCCACUCCAGAAAACCUGACUGGAGAAAGAAUCCUAGAUGUGCUCAAAACAUUCCCAACACAGCUACCUCCAGCAACACGCAACACAGUCACUGCUACAAAAACCACGACUACUACUUCUACAGUCAGAGCUUUCACAGAAACCUUUACUACAGUCCAAAGCUCACAACAUCAAGAGUCGGGCACAUUAAGCAGCCUCAACAUUUCAGGCAAAGCUGAACAAAAUGCCAGGUCAGGAAACACCAACUCCUGGAAGUUCCUCACUGGAGUGAUCGUGAUCAUUCUCUGCACGUCCAUGUUCAUCGUGUGCGCAGUCAAAUCGCCAACCUGGUACAAGAUUCUCUUCGACUACCGGCACCAGAGGCUUCACGAAACCGAGGAUCCCGGUAUCUUUAACACGGGCCGCUACUCCAACUUCAGCCUAGACACCGAACAGACGGAGACCAGCGCUCACGACCUGGACCAAGGCCUUACGGGGCCAUCCGAGGAUGAGGACGGCUUCAUAGAGGACGGCUACAUUCAGCCUGAGUACUACAAGGAGCAUGCUGACGUGGGUGGAAUAUAAAAUGAGCGACCUUGCUGAAGGAAAAGGGACGAUGUCUGAUGUGACUGUUUAAGGUUUAACAGAAAGCAGGGUCUUAACCAGGUCCAUCUGAGGUGAACAUUAAGACAUGUAGCUUUCUUUUACAAACCGUACGAAUGCAUUCUUCCAAACGAAACACCUAGAAGUAUUCGGUUUGUAUUGCAGGUUCUGAAAGAAAACUUCUCUCACUUGAUAUUGAUUUCUUUUUUUUUAGUUCUGACUACAUGCUUGCAGCACAAACAGCCUGAAUGCCAAAACACUUCCCUCUUCUAUAUAUUACACACUAUAACCUCUGCGUUUCAGCAUAAAUUUGGUAUAUAUAUUAAAAAAGAUUUGUUUGUUUAAAUGUAAGUAUCAGAAAGUGUCUAUAGACACAGCUUACACGUAGUACAAGCUGUUCCUUUAUAGCACGCUGACGCUAGACAGCCAUUAACAAGCUGUGAACGUUAAUCAUUAACCGUGCUGUACGGCUGAAAUCUGGGUUUAUAAAAUGCUGCUGAAUUCUCGAAUCUGAUUGGUUCGAACGUGUUCGUUAAUCAUCUAUAAGAGCAGCAUGGACGGUAGUUGAAGCUCAUUCACAGGGAUGUGUUCACUGGACACUACAUAUAACUAAUAAAUGAUAUAAUCGUCAUUAUGAUGACGUUUCCCAUAAGGAGAAUGUUUGUGAUUGUAACAGCCGAUAAUUUCUUGAUUUCUGCAGCUUAUUUUUUUAAAGAUACGUAUGUGAUGACAUUCCAAUACAUUAAAUACGGUUAUUAUAAUCAGUAUGAUAUAAAUGGAUAAAAAGUAUGUGUUGCCAAAUUAUUAAAAAAAAAAUUUUUAAACAAAUGAUGAAAUACCUGUUUUUUCAUGUGGAUAAAAUUCACACCGUAGGAUUUCAGCGCAGUGUGAAGAAACAGGACGGUUUAUAGAACAGAAUUAUGAGAUGUUUCUGAAUUGAGGCACUUACUCUCUUCUCUCUGUGAAUAUGGCGUCUAUGCUUUGGGCUUCUCGGUCGUUCUGUACUUUCAGCUGAACGUGUGAAGAGAAAUGUGAUGUGAAAUCACUGCAAUUCUACACAAGAACUGAAGAAAAAACAUAUAUAUAUAUACACGUAUAAGGCUGCUUACCAUGCUGAUUUCAUUCAUUACUUCAUCCAUUUCUGUGUUGGUGUUCAGUUUGUCAACCAGCUGAAAGUUUCACAAACAAUAGUCAAUCACUUUAAAUACAGAAUGCUAAUCAUUCCUAA